AUGGUGUUCGCAUGGAUUAUCGCCCUCGUUGGGCUUAUUCUUUCCUGGCUUUGGCAAUUGCGGCUGCGCUCAAAGUACGUUCACAGGCCCUACAGUGUACUGCGGAGGCCGGUUCAGGAUCUACAGUUCGACUUCGUUGUUGUUGGUGCUGGCCCAGGUGGUCUUGCCGCUGCUCAAUGUCUCAUUGAGCGUGAAAAAGACGGCUCGGUGCUUCUCAUUGAGCGCGGCGUUGAUCCGUCCCCCACGGGCCCCCUCGCUGCCCUCACAGGUGUCGCACACAUGGAGAAGCUGCUGUCCUAUGCCGUGGAGAUUGUGGGGUCAAAGCUGGACAGCGGAUGGUACGUGAGCUGCCCGCUGCAUCACGCGAUGGGCGAGGGCGAUGAGGACGUCUCCCCCGCCGCACCGUAUCCGAGAGGAUGUGCAGUGGGGGGUACUUCCGUCAUGGAUUGGGCCCUCUACUUUUCACCGCUUCCCGUAAAUAUUGGAUUGAGGCCUGUGGAAGAGGUUAUUGUUCCUCAUACUUUUUCGGUCAGGCGAAAUCCGUUGUCGUGGGCGUUUGCAGAGUCUUGUGGCGCGGUGUUGAAAAAGAAAUACCUUUCCACCCUCUCAGCACCGUCUGCACGCAACAGCGUCUUCCCGGGAUUACUGCGUCUUGACGAGGACGGGUGUCGCCUUCCGCUUUCACACUAUUUGUUGCAAAAGCAAUCCUCCAGAUUCUCUGUUUUGGCGGGCUGUGAGGUUACGGGCUUCUCGUUGGAUGACGCGGGCACCGCCACAAGUGUUCACUGCCGGCUGCCGGAUUCACGCACCUUUAAGGUGGCCGUUCGCAGAGGUGUCAUUUUGUCCGCCGGCGUCGUGGGGACAGCACGGAUUAUUAGGCAAGUUUUUCCGAAGCUACAGGAGCGCUUUACGGUUCGUGAUUCCAUCGCGUUGCCACUAAUUUUUCGCGCACGUCCUGGGCUCUCGGACGAUCGUCUUAAUCUCCGUUCCUUCAAGUCACACAUGACGUGGUGGAUAGCGCGGCGAGGACCUUUUCUUCACGCCGUGUGCGACACGCUGGCGGCUGUGGAUGUGCCUUCGCUUGGUCCCUGCGCGGAACUCGUCGUCUUCUUCUUGCCGAUUGGGGGUCGCGACCGCACAAUUUAUAGUCACUUGGGCCUGGAUCGCACACUUGGCGCCUUCGCAGAGGGAUUCAUGCUCUUGAUGGCUCUGCGCGGUGUGGAUGACGUCUGCUUUGACCUCUUACCGGACGCUGUAGGGGGCGCGACGCAGACAGGGAAGGCAUCCUCCCCUUGGUGUAGCAGAGUUAUUUCCGCCCCUGCUCCUGCCCUGCCCCCCGCACUGCUGACCAAGGUGACCGCGGCCUUCAUGGAUGGCAUGCAGCUCUGUCGAAGAAUUGUGUCUGAGCCGCCACUCGCGCGGUUCUCCACCGGGCGGGAGGCCGUCGACGCGACGCUAACAACGGACCCCACACGUGCCGUUCAAUAUGUGCGGCUGACGCGAACCCCACCGUCGAAGCUCACAAAACAACAACGCAGCUCGGCACCGGCGUUGGUAGCGUGGGCCGCGGAAUAUGCAAGGACGCCUGCGUACAUGGAGGCAUACAUUCGUCGACAUGCGCGCUGGUUGGGUUUCGGAAGUGGCUCCUGUGCGGCAUCACUCGCGCGUGUAGAUGAAAGUUUUCGCUUGUCGGGAACUCAAAAUGUGUUUAUUGGCGACUGCUCAGCAGUGACGGAGAUGUUGUGGAGGGCCGGCGGCUGUGACACACUACGGGCUGGUUCUGUCUCCACCGCCAUGGCUCUAGGCAAGGCAGCGGCAACUGAGUUGUUGUCGCGUUAG